AUGACGUCCUUCGCUCGCUUCUCCAGCGGAAGUCGUGUCGGUGCCCGGCGGGCCACCAGCUUGUACGCUGGGGGCCGAGGGGUCCGCAUCUCCAGUGCGGCCGCCCCCGUGUCUCUCUCCUCCGGCGCCGCCUUUGACUUAGCGGACGCACUGGACGCUACCGACGGCGAGAAGGAGACCAUGCAGAACUUGAACGGUCGCUUGGCAUCCUAUCUGGAGAAGGUGCGCAAGCUGGAGGAGGCCAACGGAGAUCUAGAGCUGAAGAUCCAGAACUUCUUGGAGAACUCUAGCACGCCGGAGACCCGAGACCGGAGCGCCUACGAGGAGUCAAUUAGAGACCUUCAGGAGCAGAUCCUUGAUGCCACUCGCACUAAUGCGGCCCUCCAACUGGACAUCGAUAACGCCAAAAUGGCGGCAGACGACUUCAUGGUCAAGUAUGACAACGAGUUGACAGCGCGCCAGGCAGUGGAAGCCGAUGUGGGGGGUCUGAAGCGCAUUAUGGAUGAACUGACGCUAAGUCGCUCCGACUUGGAAAUGCAGGUAGAAGGUCUGAAGGACGAAUUGAUCCAACUGAAGUUGAACCAUGAGGAGGACCUCAUGGACCUGCGUUCCCAGAUGAGCGGACAGGUCAACGUGGAGUUGGACGCCGCCCCUCAGCAGGAUCUCUCAGCCAUCUUGGCCGGAAUCCGAGAACAUUACGAGAACGUGGCCUCAAAAAAUCGUACAGAUCUGGACAUCUGGUUUCAGGCCAAGACAGCAGAGCUCAACAAGGAAGUGGCUGCGAGCACCGAGACCCUGCAGACAUCCAAGAACCAAAUGAGCGAAGUCAGAAGAAGUGUUCAAAACCUGCAGAUCCAACUGCAGGCGGAGCUCAGCCAAAAAGCGGCUCUGGAGGGAACGCUGGCUGAGACAAAAGCUCGCUACGCUGCCAUGUUGUUAGGCUACCAAAGGCAGGUGGAGAACUUAGAGGAGCAGCUGGCUCAGCUGCGGGGUGAAGUGGAGAAUCAGAAGGUCCAAUUUAGUGAGCUUUUAGACAUCAAGAACCGUCUGGAGCUGGAGAUCGCAGAGUACCGCCGCCUGAUUGAUGGAGAGAUGAUAAGGUCAGCAACAGUUUGUCAGAAGUCCGCUCUGUCCAACAAGCAGCCGUAA